GCGCCGGCCCCGCCCCGCGCCCAGGGGUCCCGGGGCGGGCUCCGGGCUUCGGGCGGACGAUGCGGCGGCGCGGCCGGAGUGGCGGCGGGAAGCGGAGGCGGAGGUGACGCGCCGGGGCCGGCGGGCCGGGCCAUGCAGCGCUCCCGGGCGGCCGCGGACGAGGCGGCUCUGCUCCUGGCCGGGCUGGCCCUGCGGGAGCUGGAGCCGGGCGGCGACUCUCCGGGCCGGGGUCGGCGGGGGCCGCGGCCCGGGCCGGGAGACGAGGCGGCGCAGGCGUUGGGCCGCAGAGGGCAGGGCAGCGGCGGCGGCGGCCCCGAGGCCGGGGUGGACGGACUGAGCCGCGGGGAGCGAGGCCCGCGGCGCGCGGCGGCCCCCGAGCUCAGCGCGCAGCCGGCGGGCAGCCCGCGGGCCAGCCUGGCGGGCUCCGACGGAGGCGGCGGCGGCGGCGGCAGCGGCAGCGCCCGCUCCAGCGGAAUCAGCCUGGGCUACGACCAGCGCCACGGCAGCCCGCGCUCGGGCCGCUCGGACCCGCGCCCGGGCCCCGGGCCGCCGUCGGUGGGCAGCGCGCGCUCCAGCGUGUCCAGCCUCGGCUCCCGCGGCUCGGCCGGCGCCUACCCCGACCUGCUCCUGCCCGGCGCCUGCUCCGCGCCGGCUCGCUCCCCGGAGCCCGCCGGGCUGGCCGCUUUCGCUCUGCCUUCGCUCCAGCUGCCCCCGGGCCGGGAGGGCGCCCCGAGCUCGGCGGAGCGGCGGCUGGAGGCGCUGACCCGAGAGCUGGAGCGGGCGCUGGAGGCGCGCACGGCGCGGGACUACUUCGGUAUUUGCAUCAAGUGUGGGCUUGGCAUCUAUGGAGCGAGGCAGGCGUGCCAGGCAAUGGGGAGCCUGUAUCACACCGAUUGCUUCACCUGCAACUCCUGUGGGAGACGACUUCGCGGGAAGGCGUUCUACAAUGUGGGUGAGAAAGUGUACUGCCAGGAGGACUUCCUGUACUCCGGGUUCCAGCAAACGGCUGACAAGUGUAGCGUGUGUGGACACCUCAUCAUGGAGAUGAUCCUGCAGGCCCUCGGGAAGUCCUACCACCCGGGCUGCUUCCGGUGCUCGGUGUGCAACGAGUGCCUGGACGGGGUGCCCUUCACUGUGGACGUGGAGAACAACAUCUACUGUGUCCGAGAUUAUCACACGGUUUUUGCACCAAAAUGUGCCUCCUGUGCCCGUCCUAUCCUCCCUGCACAGGGCUGCGAGACAACCGUCCGUGUGGUGUCCAUGGACAGAGACUACCACGUGGAGUGCUAUCACUGCGAGGACUGCGGGCUGCAGCUGAGCGGGGAGGAUGGACGCCGCUGCUACCCCCUGGAGGGCCACCUGCUGUGCCGCCGCUGCCACCUGCGGCGCCUCCGGCCAGGCCCACUUCCCUCACCUGCUGUGCACGUCACCGAGCUCUGAGCUGGGGGCGGGUAGCCCGACCCUGGGGGCGUGUCUGUGCGCGCGCAGGCGCGCACGCGCGUGUGUUUCUGUCUGCGUGCACACGCGCGCGUUUUUUCGCUCAGGAGCGCGUGUUAUCCUGCGCACGCACGUGUUUUUGCGCGAGUAUAUUUUUGCGCGCGCGCCGGCGAUGGGUGACCCAGGUCAGUGUCGGAGCUCUGUGUCAGGGUGGGCGCGGCCGCCGGCUCCCACCCCACCCCUACUCCCACCAGCCACCGAGCUGCUGUCCGAGGGGCCGGCCCCGCGGCGAAGCUACUAAUAUUUAUUCACCGUCUGUGCCUCCUCAAACGGCUUCCUUUCUUUCGGGCCCUGGCCGCCUCCCGCCCCCACCCCCUCACCCGCCUUCUGUUUCGGGACCCCCUGUGCCCCGUAGCCCCGGGGGCAGGCUCCCAGACCGGCUCUGGGUCACGGGGCUGAAGGUGGCCGUUACCACGUGCAGGGGCGCGGGGUACACGGCCGCCGUCCUCCGACUGGCCUCGGGGCGGGAGUCAGUUUCCCUGUAUAGAAGGGGUCUGGGACCCUCUUCAAGAACGCUCCGGGGAGGCGGGGGUUGGCGGAGGGCACGCGUGUUUGUCUCAUAAGCGCCUGGCCCACUGGUGGGUGGGAAGGGUUCGUUUGGGAGGGGUCGCAGGAGGGGGUGAGGAAUUACACCCUUAGGGAGUGGGGCCUGCGAAGGAGCCCUCCCUUUGGCCAUUGUGGUCACUGCGGGUUUUGGCCACCGGGAUUCCGAUGGGCGUUUUCAGCCUUCAUCCCGCCCCGGUCUUCCCAUCCCUGGCUCCUCGUUCCCAAACCCUCCCGUCCUCGGCCUCGGGAAAAGAACACCUCGUGCAGAAUUCCAGCCACAGGUCUCGGUCGAGAGAGACCGCGAGGGGGCGCCCUGCCCAUCUGUUACAGGAAAGCACUGUGUAUCGGGCUCCACAACAAAAGCAUAUGAUUUGACUUAAAUUAAGUUUUUCCUUUGAGAAUGUUUUCAUUUUCUUUAAAAGAAUAUAGUUUUCUUCUAAAAACCUG